AUGUCGAUCUUAUUCCGAGUUCAGCACUUAACUCUUGCUGCUUCCUUUUUUUCUGGUGGGGUUUUGCCCUUUUUGCAGGUUCAAGCCAUCGUGGACCACCACCACCACAUCGAGAACAACACCAAAACGGCGUCCAAGGUACGGUUCGCGGAUCCCUCGGAGAACAAGGACAUCUUCAACGAUGACGACCGCGAGGAAAAGAAUGAGACUGAAUCCGAAAAGGACAAGGACACCAAGGAAAGCGAACAGGACAAGGACGGCGGGGCGGCGAACAACAAUGAAAAUUCCGAACAGCUUCCGCCGCCGCCCCAGCCGACGGCCAACAAUGUGGCCUCGCCCGGCAAGAAGGGCUCCUCCGGCGGGGACGAAACGCCCAAAUCGCCCAAGAAGCCUGAUCAAGCCAACGUGAGACGAAUGCACACGGCCGUGAAGCUCAACGAGGUCAUAGUCAACAAGUCGCACGACGCGCAGCUCGUCAUCCUGAACCUGCCCGGCCCACCGAAGGAGACGAACGUGGAGCGCGAGAGCAACUAUAUGGAAUUCCUGGAGGUCCUAACCGAGGGUCUGGAGCGAGUACUGAUGGUGCGGGGCGGCGGCCGAGAAGUCAUCACCAUCUACUCUUAAGGGCCUGACGUCGUCGUUGCCAUCGUCGUCCUCGGCACACAUCCAUCCCUCCUCGUCAACGUCGUCGUCGUCGUCGUACUAUUACUACUAACUACUACUGUUACAAAAACAAAACAAAAACUUACACACAGAGACACAGUCACAGAAUUACACGAAAUUACACGCGUGGCGAUCGCCACGUGACGUGCCGCCACGCGUGGUCCAAAUACGCUUCAAUCGUCGUCGAACACACACUCACUCACACAUGGAUUCUGUCAACACACACACACACAUUUUUCUACACUCGAAAAAACCUACAAAACAAAGAAAAGCAAAGCAACAGUUAAGAAGUUAAUAGCAAAAAAAGAGAGAGAAGGAACGGGAGAGUAACAAAAAGAAAUUGCUAGUAAUUAUAGUCAAACUGUGAAGUCUACUAGUUCUAGGUAAUAAUAUCGAAGAGAGUAAAACAAACAAACAAAAAACAUUAAUUAAAAUUAAAACAAACUGAGAGAGUAUGAAGCAAAAGCAAACUUUCACUUGUGUACGUACGUAUCGCGAUAGAGGUUUAGUCGAAGCAAAAAAAAAACAGAAGAAGAAAAUUAUAGGACAGAUAAUAACAAAAUGGUUGAUAAAAAGUAAACCAAAACAAAAAAACAACACUUUAUUCAGAAAGUUAGUACGAAUCAAAUUGAUAUACAUAUAAACUUAACGCGUAAGAAACUUUAAAAACAGAAAACAAAAGAAAAUCUUAAGGCGAACGAGUUUAAACAAACCAGAAGGAGAAAAAAACAAACAAUGUGUUCCGCUUUUUAUUAUUUAAAUUAUUUAGUCCAAUUGUAUGACUUGAGAGAAGAGGUUUAAAAAAAUGCCCGCGUGAUUCGAACAAUUAACAUACAUUUACACAUUUUAACACACACACAAACGUGACUCGGACGCCGUUUCUUUCAGUAUCUUUUCUAAGCAUAUUUCAAUCGGGUGAGAUUACUUGUUACAAUUAGCACAUUGUAUCGAAAAGUUGAUUUUAGUUCUUGAUUUGACGAGUUUUAUGGUUGAACAACCAUGCGUCUCCACUUCGAUGGAGACGCACCGUCCUUCAAGAAAUAAAAUCAACUUUCUGCUACAAUUUUCCUUUAUCAAUGAUGCCUUUCUUAGCAGCAAAUCUUAGUGAAAUUUAGUAUUAUGCUUUCGCGACACGUAUUUAGCCAAGCGUGCGUUGUUAUUCUCUAUCAAACAUUGCUAGCGACUUCUCUGAGAGAGAUUGGUUUUCUGAAAGAAAACAAACGGAACAAGUAUUAGGUAAACGCCAAUUUAUUGUUUUUCCUUUCCCCCUCCCUAAAUGCAAAUUUUAGUCAAUGUUACACAAAGCGAACUGUUUGUUACGAACCAGAUUAACUAAUUGAGAGCGAUAGAACAAAGUUUUGUUUUGUUUUCUCAUGCGAGCUACACCGAAAGAAAAUCGAGCAGCAGAAAAGCAAGCUUUUCUUCAUCAAUUUCAAUGUGAUCGUACUAGUUUCGUAUGUUGAAAAUGUCAAAGCAAAAGAAAAAUAUGCGAGAAUGAAAAACACACACAUUACACUUUGUUCUGAACUGUAUGAUUUGUA